AUGCAGGAAAUGAAGGAGUACAAGAACCAGCUGAGCGGAACGGUCAACGUGGAGAUGGACGCGGCUCCCGGCAUCGACCUGACGCGGGUGCUCUCGGAGAUGCGGGAGCAGUACGAGGCGCUGGCCGAGAAGAACCGCAAGGACGCCGAGGCCUGGUUCUUCACGCAGACCGACGAGCUGAACCGGGAGGUGGCCACACACACGCAGCAGAUCCAGACAGGCAAAUCGGAGAUCACGGAGCUGCGACGCACGUUCCAGGGCCUGGAGAUCGAGCUGCAGUCCCAGCUCAGCAUGAAAGCCGGCCUGGAAGCCAACCUGCGAGACACAGAAGCCCGGUACUGCGCCCAGCUAGCCCAAAUCCAGGCGCUCAUCACCAGCGUGGAGGAGCAGCUG